UUUCCUCGCCAGCAGAGAGGCUCUUCCCAGCCGCUCCUCCUCCCUUUGCCACACAGAAAGGGAGGGGAGCGUUAUUAAUAUCGGCACCUCGACCUCGAACCGCGGAAACCAGGCGAAGGGUUAGUUGGGAGGCAGCGGCGCCGAGUACUUAACGCUGCAACCUGCGGCUGCGUUUUUCACCCGCCCGGCUUGAAUAGGUUGACAGUCGGGACGGUUGAUCUACUCUCGACAAAGUGGGAUUGCCACGGCAUCCGCUUCCGUUGUAAUCUCUGAAGGUUUCCUACAGAGGAUCAGUCGCUCUCCGGGAUCUGCUUUGGACUAGUUAGGUUGAUCAAAAUGGCAGAAGACCCAGUAUCAGGGAGUUGGAAACCAACAACACUAUCCGAAAAUGCUAGCAAUAAUGUAAUUCCCAUGCAUGAAGCGGCUCAGGAUGUUUUAGAUUCCGGAGCCACCAGUGGCAUUGUACAAACAAAAGAAACAGCUCCAUUGAACAGAUGUGAGGAACACACUCAGGGACCUCUGGCUGAGUUAAAAACUUCAGGAAGACGAAUAUGUGCUUGUCCUCCUCAAGGCAUCCUUGCCAGAAUAGCAACAAACGUGGUAGCAGUAGCAUUGAUCUGGGCUGUGAUCUGGUCUAUUACAACCAACGAAAGUCUUCCUGGUGGGAGCCUCUUUGGAUUUUUAGUCCUCUAUUUUUUUGCUGUAAUUGGUGGUAAAAUUAUAGGAUUAAUUAAAUUUCCUGGUCUGCCUCCCCUCCCUCCUCUUUUGGGAAUGUUGCUUGUUGGAUUUCUUCUAAGAAAUAUCCCAUGGGUCACUGACAUAGUCCUGAUCAAUGUGAAAUGGGGAGCCAUCCUUAGAAGUAUUGCUCUCGCGAUCAUCUUGGCCCGGGCUGGCCUUGGCCUUGAUCCAAAGGCGCUGAAAAAACUAAAGGCUGUCUGCUUUAGAUUAAGCUUGGGACCCUGCCUAAUAGAAGCAUGUACAGCGGCAGUCAUAUCUCAUUUUCUCAUGCACCUGCCAUGGCAAUGGGGAUUUAUGCUUGGGUUUGUCUUAGGUGCUGUGUCUCCUGCAGUUGUAGUCCCCUCAAUGUUGGUUUUACAAGCAGGGGGAUAUGGUGUUGACAAAGGUGUCCCAACUUUACUAAUGGCUGCAGGAAGUUUUGAUGACAUUCUGGCUAUCACAGGCUUCAACACCUGCUUAGGGAUAGCAUUCGCUUCAGGCUCCACCCUUGCAAAUGUCUUUCGAGGUAUAUUAGAAGUUGCAGUGGGUAUAGCAGCUGGUGGACUUUUGGGAAUUUUUAUUCGUUACUUUCCAAGCAAGGAUCAGACAUAUCUUGUAUGGAAGAGAGCAUUCUUUAUUAUAGGCUUAUCAGUGUUUGCAAUUUUUAGCAGUAUGUAUUUUGAGUUCCCUGGAUCUGGAGGACUGUGCACAAUUGUCUUGGCAUUUCUGGCUGGUUUAUCAUGGUCUGAUGAAAAAAAAGAGGUAGAAAAAAUUAUUAAGGUUGCAUGGGAGAUUUUCCAACCUUUUCUUUUUGGUUUGAUUGGCGCUGAAAUAUCUGUCGCAUCUCUUGAUCCUCAAACAGUUGGAUUUUGCAUUGCCAUACUGGCUGUUGGAUUGAUAGCCCGAGUUACAGCAACGUUUGUAUUGGUCUUUUGUGCUGGUUUUGAGCUGAAAGAGAGAAUAUUUAUUGCAUUGGCUUGGAUUCCCAAAGCUACUGUGCAGGCUGCAAUUGGCUCAGUUGCCUUAGAUACAGCACGGGAGCAGGGAAAUGAACAAUCACAGAAAUAUGGAAUGGAUAUUUUGACAGUUGCUUUCCUGGCAAUCUUAAUCACAGCUCCAAUUGGAGCUCUAAUAAUUGGACUGGCAGGGCCCCUACUUCUCCACAAAACUUCUGAUACCAACAGAGAAAGUCAUAUAUAUGAAGAAAGAGAAGAAAUAGAAAUACAUGGGCCAGCAUAGGGAGAGAUGACGUGCAGCCCACAGAUCACCUGAAUUGAGACUGCUUAUGAAUCAUGUAACAUACCACAAGUAACAUACAGAAGUUUAAAGGCCUAUGAGAUACACUGUAGAUCUUCCAGAUAUAUGUUCCUAUUUUUAAGAUGACAUCGGUUGGAGCUGUUUAGAGCCCAUGUUAGCUAUUAGUGGCUGGUAGCUUUUCUUUUAGUGGUUAACAGUUUAUUAGGUGAAAAGAUUAGUGGCUGCUGAAUUAGAGUAUAUUUAAAGUACUGAAUAAUAAAUGAAGCUGUUGAGGAUUAACAGAAACCUUUUAGAUGCACUUCCUGGGUGAGAACUAGGGAUUCUGAUAAAGACUUCUACUCCUUCCUAUUGUGGUGGGAAAAUAGUUAGGACUGAGAUAUAACCUGAAAUUUUCUCUGAAAGACUCUGGUAGCCUGAAGUCUUCUCUGAGGGAUAGGUUGGGAAGAGUGAAUUAGUAUAGUUAAAGUAGAUUUUAUACAAAUAGUUUUGUAGAGAAUUGGAGUGUUAGAUGUGUAAAGAGCGGAUGACAGGCUAGAAGUGUCCUUAAGAGAUAACUUAUGUUUGUGGUAUGCAGGUUGAAUGAGAUAAUGGCCAGAUCAAUAGAGGAAAAGAAUGUUGUGAUGGGGACCCACUGUGGAUUAUGACAGGUAGAGAUAGGUAUUGCAGGAAGCACCAGCUUGACUACUACAGGAAAAGGGAGACCCAUAUAUUUGUAUGGAUCUCUUCUAAACCAGAGAUUCCAGAUCAGGUGGAUGAACCGCUGGGCAUACUGGCCUCCAGUUACUACUUGGUACAAAAUAAGACCACGUUCAUUUUACAACAUCUGGUAGAUGAAUGUGGUGAUUUGAUGUAAGUUACUGAAACAUGAAUGGGGGAAAAUGAGGAUGUAGCCCUGUUGCAAAUUUGCCCUGCCAGUUAUGCAACAGCUAUAGCAUCUUGAGGUUGAGAAGAAGGGGUUGCUAUGAUGUACAAGACCCUUUUGCAGUGAUGAAGAGGCUGUUAUGACUGGAAAAGAAUGUCUUAAAGGGUAUUAUAGAGAGCCCUCCAUGAAUAUCUGGAUGUCAUCUUAGAGAUAAUGUUGGGCCAUCCCAAGAUUGAAUGUUUGAGAAGACUUUAAUCUUUAUUCCCUGGAAAAGAGGCUCAGUGUGUUCCAUGAAUUUAGGGUAACUUUGGGCCUGCCAGAUAUAAUCUGUGUCAAUAGACUACAGCAAACACCUAUUAUACUUGGAGCGAAUAAGACAAAACUGGAAAUGGAGGACAAUGAUACCUAUCAUCUGCUAUGAUCAGUUUACUUCCUCUUCAGAUUCAUAGACAACCAAGGAUUCCAUAUGAAUACUGAAUUUUUUCAACUGAUAUUCUUCAGGACCUGGAUGAAUUCAAGUGGAUUUCAGAGGACAACCUGGCGGAUUAUUCUGUUUUGUGUCUGUCUGAUUUAUGGAUCCAACUGUUUCUGACAACUGGGGGGAGGGUACUAAUAUUUUAUAUGUUCCUUUUUAUGUCCUGCACUGUUUUACAUUGCCCAGAAUAUACAUAUUGAGAUAGGCUAUACAAAUUUAAAAUAAUUAAUAUAAAAUAUGAUUUUAUUGAAUCAAUAUCCAAAUGUGCCUUAAUCCAUCCCCCACCAUGCAGUCUCAACUGUCAGUACCUAUCCUUCCAUCACAACUGAUGAAGUUUCUUGGGUGAGA